UCCGGUUUCAUCAGUUCCUAGCGUGACACGUCCAAGCGGUGGUGUCCCACCAUCAGCAACCAGAGAACUCCAGGCCUCUAUCGCCAAUUCGCGACUAGAUGAAAAGGAGGAGCCGACUACUCUCCUCCCAACACUGCCGACCGACGUACCCUUGGGCUGCAUCGCCGCCGCCCACAUCCUUCCCUGGGGUUCGGCGCCCUCCUCUCUCCCUGGCUCAUCUUCCUCCUUGGGCAGCUAGCGGCAUGGAGGAGAAAUUGGCCACCUCAUCUCCUUCAUGAGGUGCCUGGUGACGUGGGCGAGCUCUGUGCCCUCUUCUCCCUCUCGAGGUGGUCGGCGAUGCGGUGGAGGAGCUCGACAUCCCCCUUUCCCUACCGGGCGGUAUGGCUACCGACGGAUCUGACGCGCCCAGAUGUAUUUACCCUAGCUCCCUGGCGAUCCCUCGCUCUCUCUCUCUCUCUCUCUCCGAGACGCGGUGGCGAACACGGCGUGCAGGACGAGAGGAGUUGCCUCUCGCCGGCAGUUCACAGCGCACAGUCUGCCGGCCAGGGAGGUGCUCCCGUACCCAUCGGCGGUGACCUGGCUGAAGGAAGUCGGUCUCUCUCUGCUCACAUACGGCCUGCUCAAGUUGGAUGUGUUUAAUGGGUCAGCGUGAGAAGGGGACGUAUUGCCUGGCCCGAUUCCCAUCUCUCAAAUUUAGAUGGAUGCAUAUAUGCAUAUUAUAAGGCUGCACUAUUUCCUGCUGUUUGUUUUGAUUCGUUUUAUUGUUCCUUCUUCUCAUGAAGCCGUCUGUUGCUGUUGGUAUUCUGGUGGUACAUGCCUCAUGUUAUAUUAUUUGACUCGUGGUUAAAUAGAGAACCAAAAUAAGUAACUGCUUCGUAUGCAAAUAAAGAAUUGCCAGUCUUACUAAGCGAUUUUAUGUUUCUGAUUUCCGUAACCAGAUUUCAUUAGCAUUGCCUUUGUACAUUUUAAAUUUUCCUAGAAGUACUUGCUCCUUAAUUUAAUUGCACCAUGGUAUGGUCAAUCUACACAAGAAUAAGUCUCAGUUUGUUUGCUCUUUUGUAUGCCAGCACUGAUUGCACAAGAGUUACUCUAGGAAACCAAUUGCGCCUUUGGUUCUGUAAAUGUUCAUCCCAAAUCUUGGUUGAUUAAGCAAAUUCUUGCAAAGUUUGGUGCUAUGUCAAUCCCUUAGCUUAACAUUAUUUUCAUUAUUAAUGUCCAUACCAGUAGUCGUGCUUGAAAUGCGCAAUGAUUUAACAUGAUACUCACGUGCCUUUAUCCUGGUGUAGUAAAAACGUUGACCAACGGGGGAAUGAUUCCUCCCUUGGCCAUACGUUGAUAGGUAGGAUGAGACUCUCCCCGCAGAUGAACGCGGAUGGAUGAUAACCCUGUUUAUUCGCCCCUCCUGCGAAAUUACCGCGGAUGGGGAUUCGAACCCGGGUGGGCUGGCUGCGCACUCGCUUGCCUUGCCACUGAGCUAGAACUCAGUUCUCUAUCCUGGUGUAGUACAUUGGAACCCAUAGAAACAUGAGCUUAAUUUUGUUUUGCAUGAUUGUAGGUCAUAUGUCACAUGUUUCAAUCAAGUACCGAAUUCUCCUGCUGUUUUUUUUUUUCCAUUCUGAAAAUCUAGCUUUUAUCAUGUCAAAUUCAGUAUUCAUAGCAUUGAUGGCAUCUCAUGUUUCAGUCAAGUGCACCAAAUUCUCCUGUGAUUUUUCUUCUAAAAUCUAGCUUCUAGCGGUUCUUCUUAAGUUAUCAUUUUCUUCGUGCAUGGGAAAACUUUCCAACCUUCCAGCUCCUUAUUUUUUGUGUGGUCUCUCUUACCUUGCAGAUAUUAGUCUCCUGUGUGGGUGUAACUUGGCAGUUCCUAUAGUCAAUACAAUCACAACCAAAUUUAGUAAGGAUACAGUGCUAACAAACUGAUGGUCAUACAGUUGGUUUGCAAGAUUACCCCCACGAUGAAAUCAGCAUCAGGGAGCUAUGUACGUUGCACAUGAAUUUGGUAUCACAAGAAUCUUCGCUUUCAAAAGCACUUCUGUAACAUGUUGGGGCGUCAACAUACCAAUUCCUGAGAUGGACAUUCUACUUGAGAGUCUCCGCAUCAUUAUGUGGCAAUGCCCGGGUAGUACAAAGAAGGAACCAAUUGAAACAACUCUUUAUGCUCUGGCCAUAGAGCCCAUAGAGACUCUUGUGGGGGCAACAACAGAAACUGAAAAUAGAGGUCAGAGAGGUAAACAAUCCACACGAUUGGUGGUUUUGUUCAUGUACAGCCUUUCAGUCACGUUGAAUUGAACAAUGGGAACAAGACAGUGUUUGGCCCACUCAUGUUCCUGGGUGACAACAUGAUUUCUUUCACAAGCAAAGAUGCAAUUCUGCUUGUGGAAACCACCAAAGGGUGAGCCGACUUCGUCCCUUCUACAAUUACCAAUACAGUAGGCAAAACAUGUGUUGUUGUCGCCGAAGUCAUAGGAAGCUCUUGAUGCCAUCUGAAUGGUCAACACCACAGGGCCAACAGAGCCAUCCUCCAGUCACUUUUUUACCCUCCCGUGUAAAAGCUUAUCACUGUAACCUAUGUAUCUUCUCAUGUAUCACCCUUUAUUGUACUUGCUCCUACGUGUAACUUCGCCUCGAACAGGAACCAUAUGUAAACAAACCAAUUCCUCUAUGAUAUAAAUAAAUCUACCGCAAGCAGCAGUCUCUUCUUUCUUGAA